UGUUAUUUGUGGAAUUAUUAUUUGCGGGAAACUCGCGCUAUUUAAUUUCAGUUUCUUUUCAUUAAAACAUACAGUUGUUGGUUUAUUGAAAAUGGUUGAAGGUCCGGGGUGUAAAUUAAAAGGGAUUAAAAUUAAAGCAAAACUUCUUAAGCAGACAGUUAAAGAUGUCAGUGGAAAUUCUGUCGAAAAGUUCACGAAGAGAGGCAGCAGUGGAGAGUCCCCGUUCCAUCAGCUGAUUGGACGAUCUCUCGAUGAUGUACAGACACUGGGAAAGGAACUCUUCAUGUACUUCGGUGAUAUUUGUCUCCGGAUCCACUUCCUGAUGUCUGGUCAGUCGUUCAUCAACAACCAGCGUGUGGACAGUGAGACCGGUGGCAAGACAGAGACCCCAACCCUGGAACUGCAGAUGUCUGGGGAUCUGCUCACGUUUAGAAACUCGGCAGCAGAAAUCAGACCUUCUGUGCCCUGCCGGAUGAAGUAUGAAGAAUUAAACAAUUUGGAUAUUUGCUCUCCAGUAUUCAACUUUAAGAGGGCGUUCUCUCUGCUCAGAGAGCAGCACGACAGACUCGUUUGUGACGUGUUACUGGACCAGUUCAUACUCCCAGGUGUGGGAAACAUCAUUAAGAAUGAGGCCUUGUUCGACAGUGGAAUAAGACCAUCCUCCAAGAUCAGUGAGUUGAAAGAUGAGCAUAUUCAUCACCUCCUGAAGAUGACCAGGGACUUUACAGAAAUCUUCUAUAGGUGCAGAAGAGAUGGAAAGCCCUUAGCCCCCUAUUACAAGAUCUAUGGAAAACGUCAAUGUGGUCAGUGUGAGGGAAGGGUUAUUAUUUGUCGCCUUGGAGAUGACAGUGACCGGGUUACUUACUACUGUGAACAGUGCCAGACUAACGACCUGAGCAAGCAGAGAAAGCUACCAUCAAAGAACAGUUUGCUUGGUUGGGUGAAAACCGGAAGUGAUGUCAUCACGUCUGAUCAUGCUGCAUGGACGUGCACAUUUUGCACAUUGAUCAAUAUGCCAACCAGUUUGUCCUGCAGUGCUUGUCUGAAUGCUAAAACAUCUAGGAAGUCAUCCUGUUCAUCAUCAUCUGCUAGUGGGCAAAGUGGAAAUGUUUCUACUUGUGCUUUGCUUUCCAGUAAUGUCCAAAAUGUUCAUAAAGUCAACAAAAGAAAGUCUUCAGAUACUUAUAGCUCAGAGGUGAAAACUAAAGUGCCAAAGUUGGAAAGUGAUGUUGGUGAAGCACGUGUAAUUUAUCCACACAAUUUAAAUCAACUGCAGACAUCACAUCAGAAUCAAGCACUUGUGCUGGAACCUCCCCAACCAAACAGUCAAAACAAAAGCGGUGUAAAUGGCAAAUCAACAGCUGCUGAAAAGACUAGCAAUCCUCAGAAGCUAGAAUCAGAUUGUAAAAUACCAUCAUGUCCAACACACCAGAAGAAGUGUAGCAUGAAGGAAGUAAGGAAGGAAGGUCAGAACAAAGGGAGAUGGUUCUUCACCUGCAAUGUGCGCACAUGCAAUUUCUUUAAGUGGGCAGAUGAGCAGUUCCCUAUAUGUGCAGGUCAUGGGCAGCCAUGUACCAUAAGGACUGUGAUGAAGAUUGGGCCCAAUAAUGGACGAAGGUUCUUCACUUGCAAGCUGCCCAAGAACAAACAGUGCAAGUUCUUUGAAUGGGCAGAAGGCUAUGAUUGAAACAAGCAGCCCUCCACUUGUGUAUCUGUGGUUGUUUCAUUCACUUUCGCGGUUUUAAUUCUAUGUCUUGAAAAAAAUUCACAUUGUGAAUGGCUGGUGUUUUAAUUGCUGUAUUUGUGUACAAAAUUAUGUGUUCAAUUGUUAUAUAGCCCUGUGUAUUUUAUAUAAUUUCGUUGUUACUUUGUGAUGCAUUUUUAUUAUGCCCCCCUUUGAAGAAGAGGGGGUAUAUUGUUUUGCACAUGUCGGUCGGUCCGUCGGUCGGUCCGUCACCAAAUGGUUUCCGGAUGAUAACUCAACCACGCUUAGGCCUAGGAUCAUGAAACUUCAUAGGUACAUUGAUCAUGACUGGCAGAUGACUGUCGAUUUUCAGGUCACAAGGUCAAAGGUCAAGGUCACAGUGACUCAAAAUAGUAAAAUGGUUUCCGGAUGAUUACUCAAGAAAGCUUAUGCCAAGGAUCAUGAAACUUCAUAGGUACAUUGAUCAUGACUGGCAAAUGACCCCUAUUGAUUUUUAGGUCACUAGCUUAAAGGUCAAGGUCACAGUGACUCGAAACAGUAAAAUGGUUUCCGGAUGAUAACUCAAGAAUGCUUAUGCCUAGGAUCAUGAAACUUCAUAGGUACAUUGAUCAUGACUGGCAGAUGACUCCUAUUGAUUUUCAGGUCACUAGGUCAAAGGUCAAGGUCACAGUGACUCAAACAGUAUAAUGGUUUACAGAUGAUAACUCAAGAAUGCUUACACCUAGGAUCAUGAAACUUCAUAGGAACAUUGAUCAUGACUGGCAGAUGACCCCUAUUGUUUUUCAAGUCACUAGGUCAAAGGUCAAGGUCACAGUGACUCGAACUAGUACAAUGGUUUCCGGAUGAUUACUCAAGAACGCUUAUGCCUUGGAUCAUGAAACUUCAUAGGUACAUUGAUAAUGACUGGCAGAUGACCCCUAUUGAUUUUCAGGUCAAAGGUCAAGGUCACAGUGACUUGAAACAGUAAAAUGGUUUCCUGAUGAUAACUCAAGAAUAAUUAGACCUAGCAUCAUGAAACUUCAUAGGUACAUUGAUCAUGAUGGCAGAUGACCCCAAUUGAUUUUCAGGUCACUAGGUCAAAGGUCAAGGUCACAGUGACAAAAAACGUAUUCACACAUUGGCUGCCACUACAACUGACAGCCCUUAUGGGGGGCAUGCAUGUUUUACAAACAGCCCUUGUUUUCAUGAUAUUUAGAUUACAUGUCAAUUCUUCUUUAUGCAUCUUUUAUGGGUAUAUGUUGAUUUUAUGUUUAGGUAAAUAUGUACUUUGGUCUACCUCAUUGUUUUAAAAUGUCAUAGGAGUUUCUCUUAUAUGCUGUCUAGUAAAUACAAUUGCGCUGGAACAUGAGAAGUUGUUUAACUAAAUCCUGAUAUAAAAAUGUUGAAUGCUUUUCAUUCUACUGAAAUGCUUGUAAACUGCUACUGCCAAAAUCCAAUGAACCCCUCUUAUGCCAUGCCAAUUAGUUAAUUGUUUGCCUGUGUUAAAUUGAAAUGGCCACAUGAGUAUAUUUGCAAACUUUGCCAAAAGCUACAGAAACGGUCAUGUAAUUGUUUUCCUUUUUAUGUCCCCCACUAUAGUAGUGGGGGACAUAUUGUUUUUGCCCUGUCUGUCUGUCUGUUGGUCUGUUGGUCUGUUGGUCUGUCUGUUGGUCUGUUGGUCUAUUUGCGCCAACUUUAACAUUUUGCAAUAACUUUUGCUAUAUUGAAGAUAGCAACUUCAUAUUUGGCAUGCAUGUGUAUCUUAUGAAGCUGCACAUUUUGAGUGGUGAAAGGUCAAGGUCAAGGUCAUCCUUCAAGGUCAGAGGUCAAAUAUAUGUGGCCAAAAUCGCUCAUUUUAUGAAUACUUUUGCAAUAUUGAAGAUAGCAACUUGAUAUUUGGCAUGCAUGUGUAUCUUAUGGAGCUGCACAUUUUGAGUGGUGAAAGGUCAAGGUCAAUGUCAUCCUUCAAGGUCAGAGGUCAAAUAUAUGUGGCCCAAAUCGCUUAUUUUAUGAAUACUUUUGCAAUAUUGAAGAUAGCAACUUGAUAUUUGGCAUGCAUGUGUAUCUUAUGGAGCUGCACAUUUUGAGUGUUGAAAGGUCAAGGUCAAGGUCAUCCUUCAAGGUCAGAGGUCAAAUAUAUGUGGCCCAAAUCGCUUAUUUUAUGAAUACUUUUGCAAUAUUGAAGAUAGCAACUUGAUAUUUGGCAUGCAUGUGUAUCUCAUGGAGCUGCACAUUUUGAGUGGUGAAAGGUCAAGGUCAUCCUUCACAAGGUCAAGGUCAUCCUUCACAAGGUCAAGGUCAUAUAUAGGGGGACAUUGUGUUUCACAAACACAUCUUGUUUAUAUAAUUUAUUGCACCAGAAUGUAUAAAACCAAUGUAUCGCUAUUCAUGGAGAUCUAACGAUGCUGAAUCUAUAUCUCUUCAGAAAUUUGUUGAGAUCUCUCAUUUAAAAAAUAAUUGUGUUAUUGUUUCACAUGCGACAAAGUAUGAAUAAAUUCCUACUGGAAAUAU